GUGCACUCGGGCGAAACGUCAACGAAAAGGCCGUCUGUCUGGAAGGAAACAUCAACAAAAAAGGAGCCUCAAAGUGAAAACAGAUUCAGUCAAACUGUAUCGCGGAAACACACACACAUACGCUAAAUACCAACGAACGCGGUGGCGCCAAGUUUAAAUUUUGUUUUGCAAAUUGUGCGAAUUAGUAUUUUGAAAUUAUUAAGUUAUUCGUAAGAGAGAUCGUCUUACAAAAGAAGAUGAUCCAUCGGAACAAGACGCCGCGGUAUCUGGCCGAAGGUGAUACGAAAGACAAGGACGAUCAGGUCUAUUGCGUGGUGCUGCAUGUCGUGGAGGCCAUCAAUUUUAAUGGACGCGAUGGCGAGCGGGAGACCAUUAUGAUGAACGCAGCCCUCAAUACGGUGGACUUUGAGGUGGAGGGCACGCCCUCGGCGACGGCAGAGACGAUCAUCUUCAACAGCAACUGCAUCUGGGAGUGCGACAUGGCGGCCAUCAAGCGGAUCAAGACGGACCACCGACCCGUGAAGCUCACCUUUUUCACCUGCAGCAAACACUUGCAGCGCAAGGCCAUUGGAACUGUGCUGCUGCCCGUGCGAGGACUCCCCGUCAUUGCCUCGUCGGGCAACAGCAACUCGCUGCACCUGAAGAUGUUCUGGCACAAGCUGAUCUGCAUCAACACCCAGUUCCGUUCCCACAAACCCGAGGUGCUGCUCCUGCUGGCCAUCAUCAAGAAGUCCAUUCUGCACAACGAGGACUUUGAGCAUCUGAUGCAGGUUUCCCAUAGCAAGGGGACAACCAAUCCCACUGGGCCGCUACAGUCACCAGGUCACUCGAUCACUGCCAGCAUGCUGCAGUCACAGGCCAAUGUAUACGUGCAAUCACUCGUGCAACUGGGUCUGCUGCAGGUGGGCAAUGAUCCACUGAUCGAUUGCGACAUCAUCGAGGUGGUGCUGCAGUUCAAGACGCUCAAAAACCUGGCCAAACUGGUCAAGUCUCUCAGCAAGCAAACAACCAAAUCAGUUACCCUCGUGUUCGAUUUCGUUGGAAAUGUGACCAGCAUUGAGCUGAAGCCCAACGACUCCGAUGCCUACAUCCUGAACGAUGUGCUGGGACUCCGCUUCAAAUCCUCCCUGCGCAGCAUCCGUCUCUACUUCCAGCGGAUAUUCUACUUACCCAUCAAUAUGUACUUGAAUGGAACGGCCAUUGCCAACUACCGCAUGGACUUUGGCAAGCUGCUGCCGGCGGAUAGCUACUUCUUUGAUAACCGGAAAUUUGUGCGCAAUGGCUGCUUCACCUUCAACCGGUUUGGGCGCAUGGACAGCUCUAGGGACUUGAAGCCGCAGAUGGAGUACGCGUUUAGUGUGGAGCUCAAGGCCAUCUACUCGCGCCCGACCUGCGCUUUGGAGGAGUUGAAGCACGAUCGGCCGCCAGACCCUUCUGCGCUUUCAAAAGAACGGCAGAGUGAAUCCAAACAUCCGAAGGAUGAAAAUGCCAGUCCUAAGGUGGGCGCUGAGGCAACAGAUGCUCCAUCGAAUGCAAUUUUGCCCUCGACCGAUGCGCAGAACUCCGGAGAGUCUGCUUACACGAGCAAGGACCUUCAGCGCCGAAAGAAGUCUACCCAAACUGAAUUCGAGCAAGACAUCGAGGAGGUGUGUGUGGUCAGAAGGCAUUCCUCAACGAAAAUCUUGCGAAAAUCAAUAGAACCGAAGAAGAUUAGCAGCAGCCCAACAUUUCAAUACUCCAAUGUUUCCAAUGCUACUGAAUGUCUAGCCAUAUACGGCAAUCAAAAAUUCAAUAAUGACAUAUCAAAAGAUCAGAACAGCGAAGGGCCCCAGGAGGAGCUCAUAGGGGAAGGAAAGGAAAGGGCAAAGGCUUCGAAAAAUGUAGAAAGAAAGGAAUCCGAAAGAGCUGACCAGUCGUUAGUUCCAUCCAAAAGACCUAAAAUAAAUGCAGAGGCGACAGACAUUAAGCCUGGUAAGGAGUCAGAACAAGCACCCUCCAUGGAGCAGUUGACUAAGCUGCUGGGACAGGAGGUAGAAAAGCUUUCAAAGAGUGUCGAGAUUUUCGAAAACAGAAGCCAACAAAACUUGAGAAAAUCAAGAAAGAUGGACAAAGUACCUGCUGAGGAUCUCUCUGAAUCAGAUUCAACUCCAUGCUCCGAUUCUAUUGAUCAACCUGAUCUUCGGGUGCGCAGUAAACAUCUGAAGAAGGCCUCGAGAACGAAACUUCUAUCGUCCAAACAAAGGUCUGUCCUGUCCAUCAACCAAUCACACAGCAAAGAAACGUAUGAUCGAAGAGUCUCCUCAGGACAGAAACGAUUCGUGCAGGAAAGUAUUGAUGAAACGUCAGCUAGCAUAGAGUCAGUUUGGUCAGAGGAUUAUGCCACCUCGAGGGAGAGUCCGCAAAAGACAUUCAGCGUUAAAGUAAAGCACAGCGACUUGGAUAUCAGUAGUGCCUCGGUGUGUGAGGUGUUUAAUGUGCAGCAUGGUAAACGCAAGUCGAAAUUCAAGGUGCAGCCUUCCGAGGAACCAGAGUCCAACCAGGAGAAAGUCCCAGCAAAGCCAAGAGCCCCAACGAAGGGUAAAAUGUCCACGACUGAGCUCAGCCUGCGGGCACGUUGGGUCGAGGUGAACAAGAUACAGGCGCAGGCCCUGGACGAAACUGAAAAGUUCCUGGAACAGACAUGCCAGGCCCAGCUCCGCAAGGUUCUGCAAGAGGAUCAAGCGGCCUUGGAGCAGCCAAAGUUAGUGGAAUCGAAAAAGAAACUCAGAAAAGCAAGGUCGAGUAAAGUGAGAGUUAAAAAGGAUCCCGUCUCUGACAAUGUGGAGGUGAAAGAGCAUGUUGAUAAUGCGAAAAAAAAGAAGUCUGUACUGCCAGUGGAGUCGUCAGAGCACUCACUCUCAAUUGUGAGUUCUGAGAGCUCUUUACAAGUCAUAAGCUCUCAAGCAAGCGAGCAGCGUAUAAAGCGGAUGAUCAAGAAAAUGAAGGCAUCCAAGACCACAAUCCAGGAAGAAAAGAUCGACCACGAAACGUCAAAUGAGGUACCAGAUAAGCCUUUGAAAAAGAAAUCGAGGAAGAAAAUACCUGUUGUAGUUGUGGAACCAUCGGAGCAAAGGGAAGUUCAAGUUCAAGAUAAGCCCAAGAAGAAAGUCGUUAAAAAGAGGUCAAAGCCCGUGAUUAACCAGAAAUCAGAUGAUCUUUCAGCGGCUGAGAAGACAUCAUCCAAGAAAUGUCUAAGGGAAGACAGUACCCUCAAGUUACCCGAACGGACGUCUUAUAUGAGCGCUGUGGAAUGUUUAAGCCCUAAAGACUUUGGCGAGAAGUUAAAGUCCUGGCGCCAGCAUCAGAUUAGGCUCUUUGAGGAGGAGCUAGCGGGCAAGGAGCAGCAGUACAAGAAUGAACUGGAGAAAAUGGAAUACCAAGAGCUAAGCCGGAACACUACUCUCGAUGAGACUUUGGCCAGCAACCAGGCGAGUAAGGACACUAUCAUCGAUUACGAGGCAAAGUUGAACGAACUGGAGCAGCACAUAUGCACGCUGAAGAGAGAUAUCGAGGAGCAGGUGCAGCUCUUUGAUAAGCGUAGUCAGGAAAUGCAACAAGAGAACAAGCAGCUGGCGAUUGAGAAGACGAAGCUCAAGGAGCGCAUCUUCCAGAUGGAGAUGCAGAUCCACAAGCUGCACGACCAGGGAAAGGGACCCGAUGACAGAGAACUCAGUCACAUACUCAAGGAACUGCGCUCCCAGAACGAUCGAUAUGUGGAGCUGUCCAAGGAGAAGGAUCGCUACAAGAAGCAAUGGCGUCGCUCGGUCAAGCAAGUCCAGGACCUGAAGCUGGCUAUGUACGAGAAGAAUGUGAAAAGAGAGGUCGGGUUCAUCGACGAAUGUUCGUUUGAUCUGAAGAAUGUUCUAACAAAGAAUAUGCAAGAGUUUGAGGAGGAAUAUGGAUACCUGCGCCACAUCAAUGGGCCACCCAGUUUCCAGGUUAGCUCCAUAUCCGGAUCCAGGGAAUAUGCGUCCGAUAAUUCCAUCGAUUUAUGAACUGUGACCGUGCCUGUGACUGUCUGUUCUUUUACCAAAUUAACAGUAUCAAUUUUUAGUUUAUUUUCACUGUUUAUAUUUGUUUGUU